UGGAUGGAUAAAUGGAUAGAUGGAUAGAUUUUAUUGUCUGUCCCAAAGGUGACAGGGCUCUAUGUUAAAAACAUACAUUCAAAAAUAAGGGGGAAAAAAAGCAAGACACCAAUGACACUAAGAACUAUAACAAAACCCAUAUCCACACAAAACAAAUUAAAUAAAAAUUGUCUGAAGCAACUGGAUAUUUUCAGCUUAUUAAAUAAAUGAUGCUUUUGUGUCUGUGCCAAAUAAUAAGUCCAUUAGUGGUGCCAUUAACAGUGUUAUAAAAAUGAUAUAAAUAUGCCAGAGACUCUGGAAGAAAAAUGUUGAGUCUGACCAUCGAUUAUUCACUGUGAGCUUCACUUUCACCCCAUGACAUCUAAAACACAACUUCUUUCUGAUUUUGUGUUUAAUUGGUGCUGUGUAAGAUGAAAACCAAACAUCAGAGAUGUGGUGUUGCCUUGGAGAUGCUGUGUCCCCACACACACACAGUGUGUGUGUGUGUGUGUGUGUGUGUGUGUGUGUGUGUGUGUGUGUGUGUGUGUGUGUGUGGUGAUUAAAGCUGGAUGUUUUCAUAUGUAAACCUUCAGCCUUUGACGUUGCAACAUGAUUAUUAGUAUUUUAAAUAAUUGUAAUUUUUACCCAGCAUGUCUGCAGCCUUCACACAAGUCCUCUUUUUAAAAUCAUACUGCAAGUUGUGUGCAAACAACAUGACACCGCUUCUCCCGUGUCUCUCCUGCUUCUGUGAACAUUGUUCAAGCGCCACACGAGGCAUCCGCCAGCUGCACGUGCGAGGCGCACGGUACUCACAGAGUUCGAGGAGGCGCAGCAUAGUGCGCAUGAGCGGGAAUAAACAAACACAAAGAUCAUUUGGUGUCAUUUAGCAGGUUUUCACUUGGAGGUAAACAGCUCUAAUGAGUGAGGAUUUAAACACUGAAGCGGUCCAGUUGAGAGGAUUCGGACUUUAGGUGACAGGAAAGCCUUGUUUGGACAUUUCAGCACUGGACAGCUCUACGCGUGUCUCUGCGUGCUCAGCGGCGCGCACGCGCGUGUCUGGCAUGUGGCAAGAGGCGUCAGUGUCAGCUGGUGGCGGGCAGGACCGGAGAGCAUGGCGGAGCCUCCACAGCAUCCUCCCCACCGGCGCCGCUGACUCCGAACCUGGAGACAUGAGCAUCACGGACUUCCUGCUGGAGGUGUCCGUCCUGGUUUCAGCCGUCGUCUCGUGUUUGACCAACUUGUCGGUGCUGCUAUGUUUCACUCAGAGCGCAGAGCUGAGGGCUCACGUGCCGGGGAUCUUCGUCCUGAACCUGUCCUUCUCCAACAUCCUCCUCGCCCUCGUCAACAUGCCUGCCACUUUCCUCGGAGUGGCCGCGGGCGCGAAGCCCUUUGGGGACCUGCUCUGCCGCGCCGUGAGUUUCUCUGAGACUUUCAUCACCUCCAACGCCAUGCUGAGCAUGGCCGCGCUCAGCGUGGACAGGUGGGUGGCGGUGAUGUUUCCUCUCAGGUAUUCCAGCAAGAUGCGCUACAGGGACGCCUUCCUGAUCGUGGCCUACUCCUGGCUGCAGUCCCUCACUUUUUCUCUGACCCAGCUGAUGAUGGACUGGGGGGGAUACAGCCACGCGUACGCCUCCUGCACAGUCCACCUGGACUCGGACGACUCGUCCCAGCUGUGCGCCUUCGCGACCUUCACGGUGCUGUUCCACUGCAGCAGCUUCGCGCUCUGCCUCCUCGUCCUCUGCUUCGCCUACCUGAAGGUUCUGAGGGUGGCCAGGUCCCACUGCAAGAGGAUCGAUGUCAUCACAGUGCAGGCCCUGCUGCUCCUGGUGGAUAUCCACCCCAGUGUGAAGGAGAGGUGUUUAGCCCAACAGAAGAAGAGACGGCAGCGAGCUGCUAAAAAGAUCUGCAUCUUCAUCGGUUCCUUCAUCCUCUGUUUUUCACCGUAUGUUAUAACGAGAUUGGUGGAACUGCUGCCCUCUGUGCACAUUCCUCGAUACUGGGGCAUCGCCACCAAAUGCCUGAUCUAUGCCAAGGCCUCUAGUGACCCGUUUGUCUACUGCCUCCUGCGGCACCAGUACAGGAAGGUUCUGGUGAGCGUCAUCAGCCGGGUUGUGAGAAAGGAUCGGUACUUCCUGUCUCUCCACAGCACAAGCAGCAUGUGUGACACUGCAGACGAGAACUGUCCUGCGAGGAAAACUUGAGCCUGUGGAUUUGAGGGGGUGUUUUUUUGUUUUGUUGUAAACAUGUUGGUCCUUCCAUCUCUUGUCAGGAAGGUGAAAGGUCAGGGUUAGCACUGGGGGCUGACAGAUGAGGACGAAGUCACUGAAGCCCACGCAGGGCUUCGAUAAGGCAGUGUUUGAGUUGCAGGAACGGUACAUGUGGACCAAAGGACUUUCUCAGACUCGUGAACUCGUGUUUCGACAGGUUCUACCUGCUGCUGAGGAGAUUACCAAACAUGGAAAGCACAGCAUCAUUUUCACUGCUGUGUUAGGUGUAUAUCUGAAGUGUCGUGACGGUGGAUUUGUCAUUGUCAGUAACAGCCUGGACUAAUGUCACAGCUAAUAUUAAUGCUUGUGUUAAUAAGUGCCAAUGGAAUGUAAAAACAAAAUGCAAAUGAGGAUGUCUGAAGAUGUUAUAUCACAAGAACACGUUAAAUAUAUGCUACAACCACAAAUACACACUGUUUGACGUUAUUUUGAUCAAAUCUGGGACCAAACGUGUUGUA